GCUAUUGGUUCAUCGUUGUACCAUCAAGCGUGAUAGAAACAUUUCUCUCUCAGUCUAAGAAAUACAGGAGGACAGGCAGAGACAGUAGACUCAGGAAACACAAUCAGGUCUGUUUUCUAGAGAGAUUAAAAAGAGGGCAUUUGAAACAAAGAAACCAGGGGACACAGUAGAAAGGUGGACUCAUUGACUUGAGACUUCUGAGAUGUGCUGUGGAGAUUUUUUGCUUUAAGAUCUGGAGAGAUUUCAAAAUCAGAGUAAAUGCGACUCAUGAUGUAGACGCUCUCUAGGUUUCUAGUUAAAGUUCCUUCUUUGCCUCCACUAGAAUUAAAAUUCUAGCAUGAGAUUUUAUCAAAACAAAUGUCUCUUUUUUCUGAGGGAUGCGUCUGGAACAAAGAUGCAGAACAGAGAAUUCUGACAUGGUGCCGACCCAAAUUGACAGAGACGGGGACAAAGUGGACUGUUCAGAGGCUUACACGUCUCCAACCAGACACAGGUAUUCUCUACUCUAUUUCAAGAACAGUCUAGAUAUUGAUCCUUCUUAACUAAGUACAUGAUUGGUAUUGAUCUAUUACAUCAUGUUGUGUAAAUGUAAGAUGUUUUACUUCUAACCUUACGUAGUUCCUAAAAUCAAAAAAAGAGUUUAUGGGGUAAUUUUAUUGCAAAAUCAAUCGUCAAAACAAGUAAUUUCCUUUGUCAGAAUACAACUAUCUGAUCUGCACAGCAAUACAUUUUCAGAUUGAUAAUGUCUGAGUAAAAUAAGUAAUACACCAAGAGACCACCUCUGUCAAUGAAAGCCAACAUAGUUGUUUGAGAAAUGUGUUCCUGAUUUCAAGCAACAGAUGAAGUGAAAGCCAUACAACUACAAAACUCUCACAAGCCAUAACCAUCUGAAACAAUAAUCCUCUCUCCUGUUGAAAACACACUCCUCUGCAAGAGUCCUGUGCCUCUGUUGUCGGCGUGUCAGUCGCACACUUUGUGGCUUGUGUUGCUGUGAGGCAGUGAAAAAUGUGUAGGCUUUGUGUAAAGAGAAACUACACGGAGGAGGAGGAGACAGACAUUUUGCCUGUCAGCGACUGAAAAGAGGAGCAUCAGGCCAACAACUGUGGCUGUGAACAGACACUUAAGUGCUUCCUAAUCAAAGCCAGAGAGAGGAAGUCCUGCUGUCAGACAUUCAAAAAGGGACAAAGAGUGGAAGCACACUGAAGGCACGGCUCAUGCUGAUUAUUGAUUGUUACUAAAACUGAGAGCUUUACCCACCUGGACGACACAGACUCUCAGUGGGAGAACCACACUGAAACCUCCUCUGACUGAAGGAGGGACACCAGGCAACAGAAGAGCAGAGAGCAGGAAGGGAAGUUCCCUUUUCCUGCUUCUCUCGACCCUAUCUCAUCGUCAGGCUGGCCGGCUCAGCCAUGGCGUUCACCUUUGCGGCCUUCUGCUACAUGCUCACCUUGGUGCUGUGCGCUGCUCUCAUCUUCUUUGUCAUCUGGCAGGUGAGUGGCACAACUGCAUUUACACACACACUGUACAUACAUACACAUAUACAUAAACACACAAACUGAAACUAAAAUGGAUCACAUGUAGGUCCUGCAAAUAUUCAUCCCACACAGGCAGACAAACACAUCCACCUACACACAGUUGUACAACACUAACAGGAACACUGCAAACACACACACCUCACUCAGGUGCUGUGGAGGUAAUGACAUGCGGAAAUAUGUCAGCUGGAUCUUCAAGAAACCCCCAGCAUGAUUGCACUUUUAAAUGACUGGCAUUUUGAAUUGCCUCUUAAAAGCUAGAAAAUGACACUUUAAUUUGAAAGAGCUGGCUGCAGAGACAAAAUAAGAAAAAGAUUAAUGUGAAGGGUGGAUAAAAUAGACCGUGGAGUUGCAGGAGAUGGAUGCAUUACAUUGCUGAAAAAUGGGGGGAAAUAAUCAUCAGUGAUGGAACAGUGUUUCCUCGACGCCUCUAAUCUUAUUUUCUUUAUGAACAUAUUUAUAUAUAAGAGUUUAUCAUAAACACACAGUGCAUGUAUGUACCUCCACACAUGCUCAUCUUAAAUUCUUGGUUGGUUUAGCUAAGUGGUUAAAUUGUCAAUAGAGGUUACUGAAGUGGCAGCCCCAGGUUGAAUUCAUGCCCUUUACCCCCUGCUGCGUGACAUUCCCAUUGACUGUAUAAAAAUAUGUAUGACGCAUCUCCAUCUCUGCUGGCUGUGCAAAAUGAAGCCAUAACUACCGUCUGAAGGGGAUGCUGGUAACUCAGGAUGGGGACACUGUUGGAGUUGAACAUGUAAAGCUUUGAAUUAUGAUAUUUGAAACAAAACCUCAUCAUAACAUCAUGAUAACAACUAACUAUGAUGAUAAAAAUAUGUAAAAAAAAAUCUUUUUGAGGUGUACUUUAAUUUUCAAGUUUAACCCAUGUCCCACCUGUUAACAUGAACAUGGGGAGGGGGGAUGUUAUGACCUAUACUGCAGCCAGAGGGAGCUCUUUCCUGUUUCCGAGUCAGUAAAGGCAUGAAAAUUCCCACAAAACUCUUGACCAAAAAUCCCUUGUUAAACAAGUGAAUUUUAAAUCUGUAUGUGCAUAUGCAAAUUCCCAGACAAAACAAACUGUGUCUGCUCUCUGCUCAGCUGCAGGGUUUGCACUGUGACUUAACAGGAGCUCCACUGGACACAGCUGCUGGUUUCCCUCUGUGACUGAGCGGGGGUUUUGUUUGCAUACCUUUAUUUUUAAACCUGUCAUAAACUUGGAAACACAUGAACACUCUCUCGACACCAGAGACAUAUUUGCGAGUUACUGUAAUUAAGUUUGCUGUUUAAACAGGAUGACAUACCUGGAAGAUGUUAAGGAUGUAUCUCAAGUGUCAGAGUGAGAUUUCCUCGAAAAUUCAACACACAGUGUAGACACAGAUCAAUUCCAUUGCUUUUAAACAUAUAAAAAUCUAAAUCUAAAUCUAAAUAAAAAAAAUCCAGUAAUUUAAGGAUUUAUAACCAUGUCAUAUUUUGUAAAGGUUUUAAAAUAUUUGAUAUGUUUUUUAAAUUAGUUCAUAUAAGUGAAAGAUUCUAAAAGUUGUGUUGUAAAUUUAGACAUAGUUGAAAGCUAUAAAUAGAUAUACAUAAAAAUUCAACCAAGAUGAGUAAAUUCUUAUUUAACUUGUUGGUAUGCAUGCUAAGAAUUGGACUCGAGUUGUUACAUUAUUGAUGUAUAUACACACGAUUAAACAAAAAGGUAGCAAAAGCAUUGAACACAUAAAACUGACUAUAAAUGUGAAUCUAUAAAUAUUUUUAAAGGGAGGUCAUUUGAUUUGAAUUAAUUUAUAUUCAGUGGCUUUAGGUGACCUUCCUUCAUGCUGGGUUUUUAUAAUUAAAUGCUGCUAAUCUGACACCUGCAAAACAACCAUAAAGACUUCUAUUUACUGUCUCCAUCCCUUUAUAUUAAAGCAGCGUAUAAUCCCACAGGUCAGACAAUAAACACCUCUUCAAACAAGGUGUUCAGGCUCCAACAAACAGCACAAAAUGAGAACAGGGAGGCCGCUAAACACUUCACAGCACAAAUGCCACCACCACCAGCACCAGCAGCCUAUACUGUUCCUGUCGGCAUUUUGAAAGAAAUCUGCACAAAUGUUGUCCGACGCUGACACACUCCGACUGCUUUCACAGUUGUUGAGUGAACAAACACUUUGCUUUGAUUUUUCACCUUUGACUUUUGCGCCAUGGAGGCAGGAAACAAUGUGCAUUUCCAAACAUAUCAUCAUGGAUAUAAGCCUUAAAAUGACUAACAUACAAAUUGACUAAGUGGGUGAGACUACAUAUGAGUCAGGCACUGUGUCUGUGUGCGAGAGAGACGAUGGUGAGAAGCGUGUGUGUGUGUGUGUGUGUGUGUGUGUGUGUGUGUGUGUGUGUGUGUGUGUGUGUGUGUGUGUGUGUGUGUGUGUGUGUCUGGCUUGGCGCUCAACCAUGUGAUUGAAGCGCUUAUCAAACUGAUUCGGCUCACCCCUACCCCCCCAGUCUGCCUCCACCCACGGCCACAGCACCCCGAUUCUAUACGGGCCCUCCACCAAUCAGAGCGCUUUUUCACUGCUCUAGUAACCAUGGAGCCCACUGAGGGUCUCACCGUGUCACCAUGGAAACUGCAUCUGUUUACAACAGAGCUAAGUGUGAAAGAAGAGGAUAGAGCACUGAGCCUUGUACGGAGGGAUGACCACCAGGAGUGCUUCUGUUUCAGACAGAUAGACGUGAUCUAUCAGAUGCUUACUUAUCUACACAUAAUGUCUUGAUUUUAUUGUUUCUCAAUGAGCCGUCAAAAUGAGGCUUCGCUCAUAAUGAACUCAGCAGGUGGCAUUUUUAACAAGAUUCAUCUUUUUUAAUUAGGCGAUUAAUCAGGAUUCUGGUGAAGAAAAUGAAGAAAAAAAGUUGACUCUGAGGGAGCAGUUAGAAAGCAGUUAAAUGUUUAUAUUCAUAUUUAUUCAUAUAUCAAUAUAUUUAUACUGUACAUUUAUAUUUUUUUGUUACAUUUCUUUAUCUACACAAAAACUUAAUUGAUCUAAUUGAUCUGAAUUCUCUUAAAUGUAACACUAAAAACACAAGCAUGUCAAUGCUAACUUGACUCUUGACUUUCAUCAGUUGUUUUAAUCCCAUGAAGCUGUAAGCAAAUAUUAACUUAUUGUAAUGAAAGGUAUCUUUGUCUGGAGAUAUUGUAGCAUAUCAAGCUUUAAAAAAGACAUGUUUAAUUUUAGAGUGUAUACAAUGAGCCCCCUGGAUGCUCAGAGACUACAUAUUGACACAUGGUUAGGACAUAGUGGGGGCUCAUUUACAGUGCAAAGUGAAAGAGCAAAGCUGCAAGUAAUUAUAGAUGGACUCAUUCGCCAUUUAAUCACCAUGUGUACUUGGGCAAAGUGAACAAUGUGGCUGCAGCUGUACAAGAUGUAGCCAGUCUGCACUACAGUCAAUGGUUUAGCGAUAGCAUCCCAGUGCUAUGUUGCCAUAUAGCAGCCAGUAACGUUUUUUUCAGAGUUGGAAAGACACCAGCGACGUCUUUAUUUGAUCAACUGUAUAUGCAAUACUCCUACAGUGUGUAUAUUUGUGGUCCAAAGAUAUCUCAAUGAAAACAAACUAACAUGUCUGCUCUUUUUCAGAUCAUAGCUUUUGAUGAGCUCCGCACAGACUUCAAAAACCCCAUUGAUCAGAGCAAUCCCACCAGAGCGGUAAGAACCCUGCUGUUUCAUUUCUUUCAAGAAUGAUCAAACCCCCAGAAAUCUCUUCGUUUCAUUGCCAAGAGGAACCCCCCGAUCAACACAAAAAGACUGAGAGCAAGUUGAGGAUUUCUCAACAAAAGUGUUACAUAUGUUCCUGUUAGAAGUCAUUAUAAAAGCACAAAUAACCCGAAUAACUGCAUCAACACUCUUUUAUGAGAACCCCCAUUAAUCUGUCAUUCAACGCCUGUUUUCAUCCCAGAGAAGGAAACAUAAUUACAAGUAAAUUGAGGUUUUGUGAAAUUGGAACGACAUCUUUUAAAUGAUUUAUUCCGCUACAAUCAUGCUCUGCAUUAAUUUACCAACAUGAAAAUACAAUAUUUGUGUGACACUAAAAAGAAAUCGAAUCCAAGCUUCCAGGUGAUUCUAACAGCAGUGUUUUUCUUGAACGCUCAUUUGUAUGCAGAUUGAAGCAAUCAACCUUCCACAGACACAGCAGCUUGUCGGCUUAAUCAAUUAAAGAGACUGAUGCAGAUGAAGCCGCUGUUUUUAUAAUGAGAUACUGUGACACAGCCAAAGUGCAGACACAAGGUAUCACCUGUCUGUUACAUGAAACAAGCUAAUUCCCUUGAGUGGCAGUGGAAAAAUAAACGUACAAAAUCUUUCAAAAAAAAAACAAAACAGAAGUAUGUUUUCAACAGUAAGACUGUUUUCUUCCCCUCUUGAAGUAUUCCAUAUGUGGGUUACAGCAAGUAUACUUCUUUAACUGUCAUAUAACAGUUAAUUAUGAGUCAGUAAUGAGUGCCAUUAUUCGUUUAGCAGGAUAACAGCAGCUGUGAAUGUCUUUUUCACGAGUUAGCUAAUGUUCUAGCAGUCAUGUGAACCUGCAUCUGAACUGCAAAGUGAUGAGGAGUGGGAGAGGAAACUGUGAAAGCCAUCUGUGGGAGUGUGGAGAAACGCCAGCCACGGAGGGGUGGAUACAAUAACUGCAACACCUGUACAAUAUAAAGCAACUGAAUACAGCGGCUCUGCAAUUAACACAAUCAACACAAUGUGAAUAUUCGAUUGGAUUUUUCCUCUCAGACAAAGAUAGAGAGCUGUUUUCUCUGGCUAAGUAUUAACACAUAUCGAGCAUUACAAGCCUUGUGGCAGUGGGGUUUGUACCGAGGCUGCUGUGUUAGAUCACAUCAUAGUUUACAGGUGUUGUACAAUCAACCUAAACUUGUUAUCUUAGCUGUUGUCGACUUGUCACAUGUGUUCAAAAAGAACAUGAUCAGCCAGGAUGUUAGACUGCCAGGAUCUUCCAAAAUCAAUAAACUGCACAAACAGACAUGGCAACAACAGCCGCAGAAAAGUACACAGCAAUUAUUUCUGAUGUUAGCAGAGAGCCGCUCUAUCUCAGUCAGCUGCUGUCAUCGAAAAAAAAAGAGACAAAAGCAGCAAAUAUUUGUGAGUGAGAGAGAGAUACAGCAGAAUGUAAAGGAGACCGAAUGAGUGUUUCCAAAUAGAGCCAUUUAUGACAGUCACAGUGUGAAAGGGAGCUGCACCGUUAUCGGCUGAAGACAAAAAAGGGCUAAAAAAGUGCCCUGUUCAAAAUCACAUAAAAGAUGGUGCCAUCUUUGUACUAGCAUCUCAAGGUUUAUAUUAUCUAUACCUUUAAAAAUGUUGUUUAAGUGAUGCUCCUGACAUUACAGUCACCCCAACUGCUAAUAAAAUGAAAUGGCUAGCAGAGUGCUGUUUCAUUUUGCUUUUAUGUGCUUUCAUUUAAAGCAGAAAACGGGGUUUGUUGAAGAUACUGAUUGGCUAUUGAAGAUGAAAACUUUAAAAUACAAACAUCCUGCCAGCACAUGCAGGUCGAGGAUACAGUGUGAAGAAACAGGGAUAUUUUGUGAUAUCUAGCUGUCAGAUUAUGGAUUGAAAUGUACCUUUCUUCACAGCCCUCCUGUCAGGGAAAUCUCAGAAACGAUGGUGACCUUUAAAGACAAGAAGCUCCUGAGAUGCAUGAUAAAUAUGAUCCUCCAUUUGUCAAGUCUUGACCAUCAGAAACCCACUCCUAUGUAGAUAUUAAAAGCUCAUUCUACACUGUAUUGAAAACAAAACUAUAUAUGAGUGAAUAAAUAAUAAUCUGAAAGCAUACACAGGAAAAAUAUAGUUCUGCCAAGUCAGUUUUUCUAAAUGCUAAAAUGUUGAUGAGACUACUUGGGGCUCUAAUUGGCUUUUUCACUGAUUCCUGUGAGAUUUGACCGCAACCAAUAUGAGAUUUACUCAAAUCGUGUCAUCACCAGGCAGUGAAUCUCCUCAAAAUACAAAGUUGUCAUUUUGUGAGAAGAAACACAACUUUGUUGCAUGGCAACAGUGAAGGAUGCUUCCAGAAGUCUGGGCUCUGGAAUGCUGGGGGUGCUUUUAAGGAAAAGUGGCUUAAAUGGAGCAUCUCAGACAGAGGCUGAAAUUAGGGUUUUAUAAGGACAGCAGCAAGAGUAAUGUUCAGAAUCGACUGAGAAGCUAGCAGAGGGACAAUAUGAAGCCAAAAAAUAAGCACAACACCAUCCAAAUACAAUGCAGCCCAUGAUUGCUGAUCAGCUUGUUGGUUCUGUGUAACAAAGGGUUGGACAUAAAUAAUGAACAAGGAAUCAAAUUUGACACUAAAUCAGUGUCCAGAGCAGGACAUCUGUUUAAACGUUUAAAUGUUAUCAGGAUGUAGAAUAUUACAAAUACCUACAAUGCAACUUUAUUCUCAUUCUUGGGGCACAUAUGAUAAAGAUAUUAAAAUACCUAAUCUGAAUACAGAUGUACUGACAUGUAAAGGGCUGCAGGAAAAUGUUAAAAAUAUGUUAUUUGAGUCUUUUAACCAAACAAAAAAAGUCUCACUUGAACUUGACAACAAUUGUUUGUUGAUCUUCUCCAUGUUCGGUAAACCGUAAAUCGUCUCUUCCGCCUCUGAUUAAUGUUCUCAGUUCUGCUUCCCUGAUUGGAACAAUUAAAUAUUCAGAGUGAACGGCUGACCUAACACUAAUUAGUGCUGCCCAGGAAAGCUCAAUGCUGUAAAAUCCAAACAGCUUUACUGCAGGACAGCAAUUUAUCUGUACAAUUACAAACCAGUGUACAGUAGCCUAACAGGAGGGUCUGUUGUUGUGCUCGCCACAAUUUAGAGUGAAGUAUUUUGGAGGCAUGAGGCACACAGAGCAAGCAAAAAAAAAAAAAAGAAUAUUACACAGCCAAAACAAACAACUGUAAAUAAACAGUGAGGCUGGAGGGAGUGUCUGAUCUGGGGUCUGGAUGCUGUAGAUUCAGAGCAAAAUCCAAUUUCAGUUCACUGGGGGAGUUUGAUUUUAUGUCCACUGAUUCAUAAAAGAUGCAGCCUGUGGCUCCAGCUGGGAGACAGGAGCCGUAGAGGGGCCUUACAGCUGGACGCCAUUGAGGUUUAAAUAAGACAGAUGCUUCUAUAUAUUGCAAAUAUGUGUCUUUCCAUUUUGGCGUCAGUGAAAACAGAGGAAAGAACGACCGACAUGGGUUUAUAUUUUGGUAUAAAGCAGAUCCUUCUGGUGCUUUUGACCUUGAGUCACAUUAUGGAAACCGAUCAAUCUUGGUUGAUUAACUAUAGCUAAUCUUCUCAUUUGCUUUGAUAGCUUUUCAAACAUUAGAGGUCAUUGCCUGCUAGUUUGCUAGUUUUUAUCAUUAUUGGCAGAAUGAUGAGUAUGAAUACCCAUAUGCUGCAUGAAUUGCUUGAAGGGCUACCUAAGAUCCAUAGACAGACGUACCCCUUCUUAUUAAUAGGUCUUCUUUCAUAUCACAAGAGCACAUCCAGAUCUUUUGAAAUACCACUUAAAAUAAGGUUUGAAAAGCCUGUUUUCUCUUAACUUUUACAUUCAUUUUAAUGAAGAGCCAUGUUCAGUGAAAUCCGUAACUCAUUAAUCAGUCUGUUUUUCUAUCCUCUCCACAGAGGGAAAGGAUUCUCAACAUUGAAAGAAUCUGCAACCUGCUUCGCAGAGUGAGUAAUAGCUGUUUUUUUUUCACCUGUUGGGUGCUGGUGGGUGACUAAAACACAGGGGCUUCAGACAUGCAUAACCAGUUUUUCCCCUCUUACCCUAUGUGGACCAUGACACACUCUGAUUCAUUUCACAUGCAGUUCAUCCCACCAACUCUUCAUCACUGCUCUGCAGACACUCAGUAACAGGCAGCUUUUUUUAUGAGCAGAGUAAUGUUUUCCUUUUUACUGGAAGGCUCAGAGAGAGAGAACUUGAUGUCCCUGAAAUGUGAUGUGCUGUAGAGGCCAUUUUGAAUACGUCUGUGACAGAAAGUGUUUAAAAGCACAUUCUACCGAAGACAACUUGAAUAAGCUCAGAUUGUUAACUCAAUAUACUAUUAAGAUGCAAAAGCAGAUCUUAUUUGUCAGCAAUGUUGGCAUGCUGACUGUUCUCAAAAGGCCCACAUUCAUAAAGAGUGACUUGUGAAUACACAAUAUGAGUAAAAAUGUGUUCCACAUUGGUGCAAAGGUACCGUUGUAAAUGAUCGAAGUUAGUCAGAUACAGAAGUUAGUCAGAUAGUCAGCUUGUUUCUAACGGGGAUUAAUAAUCAAAGAUCGUGAUUGCUUCCUACACAAACUGAUUCUGACAAAGGGUAAACAACUUUCAGAUCUGUCUGAUAUUAGUGAGUGAAUAGGAGACAUCAGUGAGUGAACAAAUGUUAAGUAGCAUUAUGUUUUUUUUAUAUUCAUUUAAAAACUCUGAAUGUAGCACACAAGUCACCUUCUGCUUAUGGCUAUAUUAUCUCUGGUCGUGCAGUUUUUCAAAUAUUAAGAGAAACAGGUUUUGUGUCUUUAAAUAGGAAAUCCUCUAUAGCCAAAAACAGGCACACAAGACCACGAUCACGACCUGGGUCAUGGGAAAUAAGCCAGAAAACCACUUUUAAAGAGUGAACGGCCCUUUACACCAGAUUAGUGUAUUUUUUUUUUGUGUAAGGCUUGUCAGCCAACAUGGUUAUUAGGUGAGACAGCUGUAAUGUGAACAUGAACCAUUACUAAACUCUGUGUCAAGUCCGAACCCUAACCCUGUCUUACCCUUGUUUCUUAGUCAUAGCUAAGCCUUCACACCAACUUUUGAUCAACCACACACCGUAGCAGUUGGGUCAAGAAUUUCAUUUUUUUUCGUUGAAUCCAGAUUGAACUGAGGUUGGAUACCUUCAACACGUUUAAUAGCUUGUAGCCACAUAUGCAUCCAGUGUAUUGGUGUAAACGAUGACCCUGUUAAUCUGCAACUUUUAACUGAAUGUAAUAAUAAUAAUAAUAAUGCAUCAGAUUUCAUAUAGCGCUUUAUCAGAGACCCUCAAAGUGCUUUACAUUGGAUACAUCAUUCAUUCGCUCACACAGUCACACUUUGGUGGUGGUGGAAACGUGGCUGCCAUUCUGCGCCUACGGCCUAUCCGACCACCACCACACAACACUCACAAUCAUACACCAGUGGAGGACACACACAAUGUGUCUCUUGCAAAGACAUAACUGAUUGUUUUUUGUUUUUUGACAUUGUAAAAAUAAUCAAACUAACAGCUAAUGUAGUUACAACAAUAACUGAUACAGUUGCCAGUCAACAGGGCCACUCAUUAGACUGAAUCCCUUUUAAAAUAGUUCUGAUCUGUCUGAAAUGUGUACAAGGCCAGGGUUUGGCUGGAAUGUUGAGUCUGAGAAUGGUUCAUGUGUCAAGGUCAACCACAUAUUUUGAUGCUUUUAAUAUUUUUCGUUCAGUGUUUAAAGUUUUCUAACAUGUCUGGAUGAAUGAUGCAAAACUGUGUGUGCAUGUUUUUGAUGAGGAAGGCUGCACGCUGACCUAUCACACAGCUUUCUUUUUAAUUGAUCAGAAUUGGUCAGUUCUCCCUUGAGGCCGUCUGUUAAUUCUCGACAGCACACCAUUGCUAUGGAUACAGCUGUAAUCACAGACACCAGGGGACCAACUGAACUCAAAUCAAUCCACCAAAAGACAGAGAGAGGGCAGGAGAGGUUAAAGACACAAAAAACUGUAGGCUACAACAGAGAACUCCAAAAGACUGAACACUGCAAAUGAAUGAAACACUCAGCAGAACACGGUGCAGUAUCUACAGCAGGGUUGGACUGGUAUAUGGACAGAAAAUGCCACAGAGAAACAUCAUGAGGCAGAAAACUCAAUCAAAAAAACUGACUAAUGUGGACAUGUGGCAGGUUAACUUCCACUUACCUGUUACUCAUUGCUCCAUUUAUGUGCUAAUAUGCCCUUUGAACUGGAAACAGACUUCUUCCAAUUUUAUCCCUAUUUUUUAACCAAAAUACUGCUAAACUGCUCUGUCCUUGGAGACACCAUCUGUCAUCUGUACUUGCUUACCCACUGAUACAGGAGGAUAAAAACAUUGUGGCAGUCAGCAGCUGGAGCUACAGCUCUCGCUUGGUACAGCUCAGACACAACAUGUGACCUGCAUUUCAGACAACGUUAAAUUAAUUAGUCGCCCACAUCCCUUUUAAUAACGCCUCAGUUAGCUCAUUUUGAUAGGCUGUAGAGUUAACUAGUUAAACUUGGUUUGACCAUGCAAGUCAAAGCAAGUUUAACUAGUUUGAAUUAGGCAAACAUACUUUAAGUCAAUUAAAUUAUGGCCUGUCAAUAUUUGGUUCAAAUGAUUGAUUUACUGAGAAAGUGUAUAAGCAGGAUAAAGUACUAUGAGGGAAAAACUUGUGGUAGAAUUUAUAGAUGGUUAUGCUGAUGGUUCAUACCAAGUAUGGAUACUUGUCAGGUUAGGUGUUGGUCGCCAAGACAGUCAGACUGAGUAUUCCCAGAAGUGUUAAUGUCACGUUGACUCCACAACAAUGUGAGAUAUUAUGUUCCUGGCUGAUUUCCCGGGCAUCCUGUUGACCAGGCAAGAAAAGAGACUCACACUUUGUAAUACACACAUAUUAUACUCACAAACACAUUCACCAGAAUAAAAAGUGAGGAAGAGGGGAGUUUGGGAACUCCUCCGAAGAUUCUGGUCUGGACUCUGUUCGUCAGAUGUACUGAUUGCUAAGUCCAUACAAUGAAGCAGCCGGCUGCUCUUCAUAUCUCGUUCUCUCUCCUACGCCUUGAUAUGCUGCUUUAUUCAUUUUCCACGACACACUUCAGUUGUCUUCAGCUCUGCAGGGCUUUUAAGUAUCUCUCUGCUCGUUGUUUUGAUUUUCAGUCCAGCAGAUUUUCUGUUGCUGUGAAGUCACGGCACAUUCGCAGGGUUUUUCAGGCUACAGAAGGCAACUGUUUGUUUCAAUCAAAAACUACCAUUACACUGUUCUUUGACUGUGUCAGCACCAAACAGUCAAGGUUAGCGACUAGCUUUUGAAAGCUGUGAAGCAUUUAGCAGCUAAAGAGACAGAUUUUUCACAAGUUUGUGUAGACCAAGGUCAGAGUUAAAAGGAGUUGUAAUAUUAUGUUAAGAUUCAUCAAGUUGCUGGAUGGCAGAAAGCCAGUGUUUCUCUUUAUCAGCUAAGUGAGCAAACACGCAUCUAAUAGUUUCCCCACUGAACCAAAAUGUGGAGGGAGGUUACGGUUGAGUCUACAGCUUGUUGAUUCAAGUGUCUGGAGGCAUACUAGCAACUUGAACUGGUUUUGUCAGCCUUCAUUAACUUCUACCUACGUCUUAAACCAGUCUACAUACGGCUGCAAAAUGGAUGCAAAAUCAAAUAACCCAAUCAUGACGUGCAUGUACAUGCACCAAGUUUUGUUCAGAUUAGAAGCAUUUGGACAUGUGCAGAGUUGUCUAAUUUUGCUAAAACAACCUCAGAAGAAGAGUUUACGUUUGUGCUGUCAACAAACCAACAAACACGGUAGUGACUCACUCCAUCCACUUCAGGAGCCCCAAACUUUUAACCUGACUUCACAUGUCUGUUCUUUGUAGUUGGUGGUUCCAGAGUACUCCAUCCACGGUCUCUUCUGCCUGAUGUUCAUGUGUGCCGGAGAGUGGGUCACUCUCGGUCUAAAUAUCCCACUUCUCUUCUACCAUCUGUGGAGGUAAAGGCCCAUAACAGAUGUCUGUCCCGAGCUUAUAUUGCCACCAUAAAGGUAACCAACGAUUUGUUGAUGUUUUUCUAGGUUCUUUCAUCGGCCAGCUGAUGGGUCAGAGGUCAUGUACGAUCCUGUCAGUGUGAUGAACGCAGAUAUUCUCAAUUACUGCCAGAAGGAGUCGUGGUGUAAACUGGGCUUUUACCUACUUUCUUUCUUCUAUUAUCUCUACAGGUGGGUAAAAAUCAGAAACUUGACAACAUUGUUGUCUUUAAGGUUCCAGCGAUGCCUUUCAGAGUUUUAUGAUGUCGUAUUAACUUGUCAAAGUUACAGAAAGCAGUGCAAAUAACUUUUUUUCACCCUUUUUUAUCUGUUGCCACGAUCUAUUUUCCUGCUACAGUAUGGUCUACGCUUUGGUGAGCUUCUAACAAACAGGAGAUCUGGAGAAAUCAAAGGAAGACACUCUAAGAAAGACUCAAUAGAACAAACGGAGGUCUUGACUCACACUCUCUCCAAUCCGUCACUGGCUUGGCUUUUUAAAGUCUAACUUCAAACAAGACAAAAAGACCAAACUGAGUGAUAAUGUGAAUGUAAAGGUGUUGCCUCUGCUUGAUUAUACCACUUGAUACUGCUGUUGGGCGGCUGGACACAGUUUGGACAGACUAAAAUGAAACAAAAAAGGACGUUGCAGCAGGUGUUUGUGUUGCCUUUGACCCAUUAUACUAAAUAACAAUAUAUCUCCGAAGGGCUGGAGUUUUUCCGUGCUGCUCUUACUGAUCCAGUCCCUCAACUCACUGUGAAUCUCCAAACACUUUGGGGCUGGAAACAAAAUAAUACGUCUGUAUUCUCUGACUUUGAAAAUGUUACUGAAAGCAGGAUUGUUUUCUGUUUAAGUUGAUGGACAUUUCUGAAAUAAGACCUCUGCUUUGAUUGUGUUACAAGCACUGAAGCUGUAACAAACAAAUACCUUUGAAUUACUGUAAGAAAUGCACAGGGUCUGGCAGAGAAAUAAAGAGGAGGAUACAAAGGGUUUGAUCGACGCUGUAGUCAAAUACAACAUCUCCUCGAUGCCAGCCUCUGCCAAUUUUAAAUCUCACACUUUCAGAAAAUAAGGUAUUACUCACAAGUUGGUUUUUGAGGUUCCUAGCUUGUAUAGUGCAUUCAUAAUAACUAUGUCCAUACGGUCUGAACAUAUAUUAAACUACAUGGAAAGUUCAUGCUUCUCAAAGAGCCUCAUGCUCUUUGCCAAAAGUUUGUCACUGAAAAGAUUUGUGCCAAAUUUGACGUCUAUUAAAACAAGAUUAAAGACAAAUAAUCAGGCUGGAGAAGCUAAGGCACUGUCAGGACUUUUUUCUGUAACUCACUUUCAAUUUUGGCGCAUCUGGUUUUUUUUCCAGAAAGUAGAUUAAAAAGUAGUUCAGCUGUAUGUUUCAGCGUGCAGGGACCGCCUUAUUCAUGUUUCAAGUGAAGUUUACUCUUACUCAUCUGCAUCUAUACUGUAGUCAUUUUAGCAAAGCAACUUUCUCUGAUCUGACCUAGAGUAUAGAAAUCUCAUGUACAAAAAGCAAUCAAAAACAAGCGAACUAGCAAUGUAACAUAAUUCAUGAGAGAUAUCGAUGGAGUGACAUUCAGUGUAUGUGAUAACAGGGCAUAGGCGACAAGGGGCAGAUGAGACAAUAAUUACUCUAAGGUACUGUUUCAUGUAUUUGAGAGUGUAAAGACAUGAAGUCAUCUUAAUGCAUCAAAAAUCCUACAGUUGAGGAGAGACAGAUGUAAGCGAGCGACAUCCUUUCUCAGCUUGUGCUGCCUUUGUUAUCAUAUGUUCAUUAGCUGGAUCUGUAUGUAGGGAAGUGACAGCUCAAAUGUGUGAUUUUAACAAAGCCUGAGAACAAACUGUGAUGUUUGCGAAGAAACGUCUGAUAUAUUAACAGUGGGACUCAUCUGGAAGAAGAAACUGGAACACUACAGGCUGCCGAAGUGGUUUCUUAACAUGAGAAAUGGUCACAUCUUAUCCAUAUUUGGGUCACUAACCUGCAAGAACCGCUGGUAUUCAGGCUUUGAUGUGAUUCUGAAAAGACUUUUAAGCAGAGACAGGAUCAGAUUUAAAGUGUUAACACACUUCAAACCGAAACACAUAACUUUGCAUACACAUAAUUAAAAUGUAAUGCCAAAGGGUGAUGCUUGCUCUGUCUUCUAAAGUUCCCAGUAAAAGAUGACCCGCAUUUCUUAGUGUUUAUGUUAAAACUUAUGUCCCCUUAUCACAAGUUUUUAAUAUACAUCUAUAAAUGUUGGAAAGGACACAUCAUCCAAGGUUUCAUGGGGUCAUCUUCAUAUCAGAUUCCCUUUCUGUAGAGACCCAGCCAGGGCUGAGUCAACCUCAGAUCACCUGGCUGGAUUCACUACCGUUCUAUUUCGUUGGCAUCAGAGGUCUUGGCCCAGCAUUGUGCAGUACUGUGAUCCUAGGAGCUUGAGGACCAGGAAACACGUGACCAGUGAAGUAUAUGGUACUCACACUGGGCUCUCCACUGCCAAUUCUGACAGUCACCCACCAGCUCUCAUCCUCUCAAAGGCUUCCUCCAACUGUUCUUCACAGAGUACAGUUUGCUCCUACAGGACUCACACACAUUGCACAUUGUUUCUGUCGUAAGAUCCAUGUUUAGUCUCAGAGUGGUGAGCUCACCAGUCCUCUAGAAAAAUAAGCUGUUCCUUAAGGUUGACUUUCAGCUGCUUAACCAAGAGUCCUCUUGCUGUACUUGGAUGUGGCAGCAGCAUCUUUCCUGCUUUGUAAAAGGCGAUGGACUGCCUUGCUUUUCCUUGCUGCCAGCGAUGAAUGAUCUGAGUGCUAAUGACAUCCACUUCGGUCUUCAGCACCUGGUUGUUUGUGUCAGUGAUGAAAGCACUCUUCUCCCCGAGCUGUUACAUGAUUUCACUGAGGUUGAGCGUGGAGGGGGCUGUGGUGGGUUCUUUGUGACUGGCUCCUGAUCUUCCUCCAGAUUUCUGCAGGUUGUGCUGAGGUACAGUUCUGUCAUUUUGAAGUGAAAACCAGUUGGUCCCUUUGCUUUUGCCCAAAGAUCCCAGUGAAUUUAGAUGAAUUUGACAUAAAAACUUAAACAAAGUUGCAGUGAGCCUUUUCCUUGCUAACCUUUAAGCUCUGCAAGUCCAACCUGCUUCUCCUCCAUUGUGUGCUUGUACUACUGUCCAUGAGGUUGAAACUCCUGUCAUAGUUGACUAAUCUCUACCUGCCAUUUGAUAGGCUCCCCUGAACCUUUUGUUGGUUGUUGCUUCUUGGUGUUAAACCAAAGAGAAACAAACUGGUGAUUAUUGUGUACAUCGCCCGUCUGGUCUACCUGCCCUUAACCUUUAGUCACAAGGGUUUGAUUUACAUCCUUAUCAAACUUGAGCUACUUUCUCUCUUUGUUGGCAAAAGGCCGCUUAGGGGCCUUUUACACCCAGGGCUCUAUUUUCGUGCCUCACCGGCAAGGCGACGCAUGAGCCGCAUUAGUCAGGUCCGCCGUGCCAACAAGGCGUUCCCAAGCACAAUUUGGUAUUUUGGUGAGUGGCGCAGCCCGGCGUAAGUAUCCCCCCUCCCUAACUCAGCUCCUUCCAGCAGCGUAAGUCGUAGGGAGGGAGGAGAAAAGGUGUGGAGUGGGUUUAACACAGCAAUUUAAUUUAAUGCGGUUUCAGCUGUGUUGAUUCGGUCAGGUUGUGUGUCCAAACGCGUGCCAAACACGCUCAUCAGAUAAGAUAUAGAUCAGAAUAUAUCGAUAUAGAUCUAAAUGUACGUAUGUGCUGACUCAGAUGAUUAUUUAUUGCACUGAAAUGUGCCUGACACUGUGGAAACCUGCCGGUGAGGCAUCAGUGACGUAUGUCGAUACGCCACCAGUCUACCAAAAUGCCACUAGACCAGCUGCACUCCACCUGCGCUGAAAACUGACCAGGUUUGAAUCGGCGAGCUUUCAGCGCACUUUACACGCCGGUGGUGAGCACGAAAAUGUCGCUGCGCCCGCUGAUUCUGUCGACACCUCCCCCUGCCACACCACCACGUCCAGCUUGGCGGAUCUCGUGCGCCUCAGUCCACGAAAAUACCAAACUGGCUGUACGCCGGGCUCCGCCAGACAAAAAUACAACUGCGCGGGGUCACCCUCCGCCGCGUCCCCGGCAUACACGAAAAUAGAGCCCCCAAAGUCUGCUUAGAAGGUCCGGAUCAGGGACCAAAUGUUUAGAUUGUUGUAUUUUGCAUUUGGUCUGGUGGGACUUUUGCUUAGCGAAACAAGUGGUGAAAAAAGAGGGAAAAUUACGAGGGGAAAUCGCUGUCUGUCACCUGCUUAUUUGGGGCACAAUCUUCAUUGUCCCACAAUACACAGAAAGUAGCCGACCAGAGAGAACAAUAGGUGUCCUGCUUCACGCAAUUCACCAAAGGUGGCAGAGACGUGCAAGGAGACACCGGGCAAAGUCUGGUGUUUUGACCGUCGGUAUUGUGUUAUUAGUUUAUACUGACAUAUAAAAAGUCCAGCUGCAUCGGCGCUGCUUUCACACCUGCCGUGGACCAGAACAUGGUUUGUUUGGGAGGGGGCAGAGUCCUGCAUUAUUCAGAGGUCCAUGGUCCAUUUGUUUGAUCUGAACCACGGUCCACUUGCGCGUUCAUACCAAAAGAGUGAGGGAACCAUGGUCCUUUCAGAAGGAAUCAAACAGUCCAGGUGUGAAUGGGCCCUUAGCCUGGUGCUGUUCUGGCAUGUAUAUUCUGGGGUGACAAUGAACCUUGUUAGUCCUGCACUUCACCUGCACAUUGAAACACAUGCUACUCCGUAAUUCUGUUGAAUCUCAAGGGCAUGGUGGUUUUUCAAGACUAUACCCUAUAGGCAGACAUUAGUCUCAGUCAUUUGUUCAGCAGCUUGAGUCACUGGGGAUAUAUCCAACUUGUUAGGGUGCUCCCCCUUUCCCCUUUGGGUACCCCUGGGGGUUCAACACAGAAGGGAUUUCUAAAGCUUUUUUGUUGGUUCUCCAUAAUGGGAGCUGUGGACAUAUUUUAGUUGUGCUCCUGGUUGCCCCUGGUUGCCCCUGGCCUAGCCUGAAGGAACUGCCAGCUCAGAAAAGUCACCAGAUAUUUUCCCUAGAGCACACUGAGUCCUCUGGGUUGCUCAAUAUCAAAUGCUCUCCCCAUAGCUUAGCUGAGGUUAUUCAGACCCCAGCUCCAAAUGAAGAAAAAUACUACUAAUACUAACUCUGUGUGUAAAUCCACGAUAAGAGUUCAGAAAGUUUUUGCAGCUUUCUGUGGACAUGUAAAAUAUCAGAUAGAUCUGUCUUGAAAUAAAUGCAUCGAUUAACAAAAUGGAACCUAUACACAUACAAAAUUCCUGAUGUAAAAUUUUGAACGUUUUUUUUUCUAUCAGAUCUUACCAGUGUGUCACCAACAGCUCUAUUGCGGAGAGUUUGUAAGUUAAAAAAGCAUUUUGGCCUGACUGCUUUCAGUAUCAGCAUCUUGAACCAUUUCCAUAUGUAACAGAACCUCCAUGAUGGCGACAGAAAUGAAAAGCAGCCAAUUUAAAAAACACCCAACCACACACAGACAGCUCUUGUGCCAAUCAAAGUCUGUUUCGUGUCACUAUGGUACUAUGAGUGUUUUAUAGGGAGAAUUUCAAACUGCUUGUUUGAUUUAAACUGAAACAUUUACUUGACUGAAAAGACUUUGAUAGUCUGUCAGUGUUCAUGAGGACUCAGUGGACAGAGCACGUCGUACCAAAUGUUGUUACCAUUAAAAUAAUCGCAGGAUGCUGAGACCUCAAAACUCUGCCAACAGUGUGAGCCUGUCGAGUCUGGACAAUCACUAUUAUAAAGCACAGGAACAGGAGGAAGAGAGGAGGAGAAAUACAGCUCAUUUGAAUGUCAUUAUGUAGUGGCUCUGAACAAAGCAUUUUAGAAAACUGUAUUGAAGUAUAUCUAUUUGUAUCUGUCUUUUAUACAUUUAUCAUCAAUGUACGCUACAGUAAAUUUGGUGGAUUACUUUAUAUUUAAUAGGUUACUCUAUGAUGUACAUUUAAUAAGCAGCAAUUCUCAUGCCGUAUUCUAAUAAAACAGUAAUACCAAAAAG